AGGAAAAAAAGCACUGUUGUACACAUAGCGGUAUCGAAUAAAAAAAAGGAAGCGUCGGUGACUCUCUCCUUUGGAAACAUACAAAUAAAAGAAGCGUGUUCUUCUUUUUCUUUUUUUGUUAGCCGUCAAAACAUUACGUGCAAAAUCCCCCGGAAAGGUGGAAGUAAUGUGUGGAAAUCUUCAUCCAGCCGACCAGCGUUUGCACAGAAUGCGUGAGGAGGACAGAACCGGGAGACACGGACGGGGAAUGAUGAUGAUGAUCAUCAACACCACACUGGCGUUAUUCUGAAUACUGACCAUGCGUGGUGAAGGGGGAACGCUGGAGAGUCAGCUGUGACAUUUAUCAGCUUCAUCUGGACACUACACACACACACAGAGAGAGAGAGGAGCUUUCCCUGCCUGUUUGACUGCAGCCCUGAGAUGCAUAAAGCUUUCUCCUCCCUUCGGUCUCUCCUUUGGUGCCACUGGGCCAUGGUUCGUAAGAAAGGCUCCCUUAUCUUAUGCGGAGCGGUUCUGUUCGUCGCCUGGAAUGCCUUGCUGCUUCUCUUUCUCUGGGGAAGGCCACCCAUCGGUCGGCUCGGAGACGGAGGCGGGGCCGAACCGGGCGCCGGAGAGGAAUGGCAAGCUGGGAAGGGGAAAAGAGGCGGAGCCAACGGGCUGGCGGGUGUAGUCAUCCGAUUGGCAGAAGAGGUGGAAUCGGAAUUGGAGACUCAAAAGAAACUCCUGAAACAGAUCCAGAGCCACAGAUCGUUAUGGGAACAGAGUAAAGACUUAACUAAAAAAGAGGCUGAGGAUGAAAGAGACAAAAAAGACGAAUUGAAAGAACCUCAGCAGUUGCCCCAUUUACCCACCUUAGCAGGAAAUGAAAUGAUUGUCAAAACCAAGCAGGUUCCUGUUGUCACAAACCCUCCACCAGACACAAAGCAGGACAAGGAGUCAGACAAUGACAAAGCGUUGAAUAAAAAUAACGUGGACCUUACAGCUCCUAGUCCUCAAACUGUCAUCCCCAUCUUGGUCAUCGCUUGCGACAGGGUUACUGUGAAAAGAAGUUUGGACAAGCUGAUACAAUACCGGCCUUCAGUGGAGCUUCAUCCCAUCAUCGUGAGCCAGGACUGCGGUCACACCGACACGGCCCGGGUCAUCGGCUCCUAUGGCAGUCAGGUGACCCACAUCAGCCAACCAGAUCUCUCCAACAUUCCCGUGCGCCCCGAUCACAGGAAGUUCCAGGGUUACUAUAAGAUCGCCAGACACUACAGAUGGGCCCUGAACCAAGUGUUUAACACUUUCGGUUACUCCACCGUGGUCAUCGUAGAAGACGACUUAGAGGUGGCGCCGGACUUUUUUGAGUAUUUCCGCGCUCUCCACCCGAUCCUACUCUCCGACCCGACGCUCUGGUGCAUCUCGGCCUGGAAUGAUAACGGCCGUGACGGCCUGGUGGACCCGGGAAAGCCUGACCUCCUCUACCGGACAGAUUUCUUUCCAGGUCUGGGAUGGAUGCUGUCGAAGGAGGUGUGGGCAGAGUUAGAGCCCAAGUGGCCCAAAGCGUUCUGGGACGACUGGAUGCGUCACCCAGAGCAAAGGAAAGAUCGUUCCUGCAUCCGGCCAGAAAUCUCCAGAACUAUGACGUUCGGCCGUAAAGGAGUCAGCCUGGGUCAAUUUUUCGACCAGUACCUGCGCUACAUUAAACUCAACACUGAAUUUGUGCCUUUCACUAAACGGGAUUUGUCUUAUUUAGUCAGGGAGCACUACGAUGAAGACUUUGAUAAAGAAGUGUACAGUGCGCCCCUGGUGAAAGUGGAGGAGCUGCAGCCGGGUGGCAGUUUGCAGGGUUCAGGACCGUUCAGGGUGCAGUACUCGAGCAGAGACAGUUUCAAGGUUUUAGCCCGCAAUUUGGGAGUGAUGGACGACUUAAAGUCCGGCGUUCCGCGUGCCGGUUACAGGGGCGUGGUCAGCUUUCUCUCUCGCGGCCGAAGGAUUUAUUUGGCACCGCCCGAGGGCUGGACAAAAUACGACACUAGCUGGAGCUGAAGGGUCUGAUAUGGAAACGUGGACUGAGAACCAGAACCAUGCAAGAGGAGAUGAUCGUCCUCUUAAACCAAAGAAAUCAUGCAUGGUAGAGAGGGGAAUGCACGGUCAAAACGUGAGCGGUUUUUAUGAAGGACGGCAGCUUCGUUCGGUUCCGAUGAUUUUCCCUGGCGUUCACACUAGCAAGCGACAAAAUUUCGAAUGUCACUUCAGGUCCGUCGGUCGCAGUGGUGGGUACCGACUGCUACUCUUCUCACACGUGGGUGUGCACUGGCUGAUUCCUCACUACUGUUAUAAGAUGUAGAAAAACAUCUUUUAUUUUCAUCCCUUUUUCACACCAAAGGCUGUCGAAAGGGAAGUUAAAACGGGUCCGAAUCUUACGUGAGAAUAACGUGGGCAUAGCAGUUCUGUAGAGUUUACCUGAGCCGGACAUUUGCGUUUGUCUUUUCAGUGCACCGUGACGAAUUUGCCUAAAAUUCAAAUUCAAAUUUUCCAUGUCACACAACUUGCAUAGAAAGUCAACAUUUACCUGCAGCUUUGUCACUUGCUAGUGUGAUCAUAUGUUUAAGGUUAUCAAAUUUCAAUUCCUCAUGUGCACAUACGUACACACGCUCUUAUCUGUAUUCGGAGAAGACGUAAAGUGAAAAGUAUUUUUCACUUUUCCAUGCCAGCGAAGGCUUGACAUUAUGACUGCUAAAUUGUAUAUUUUCUGAGCGACUAUCAUAAAAAAUAAAAAAAAAAAGAAAAGAUCUCGCACUCGAGCGAGAGUUGUUUUCAGCGAGUCACUAAUAUUGUUCUAAUGAAGUUCCUGACUUAUAAAUGAAGUUAUAAUUCUUGGCGUUCAGACGAAAGCAGAGUUUUAAGUACCUUUUUAAAGGAGCACUACUUUACCACACAUGUGAAGCACCAAAACCUUUGUUCGACGUACUUGAACGCUACUUUGUUCUCUGUCGUUUGGGAGCACUUUCAAUACAUUCAGUCAAAGAUGUCCGAAAAUUGUUGGGUUUGUUGCAAAAACCAACGACCGCAGAAGAACGCGGUCGUUCCAGCGGAUCCAGGCGGACAAGGGGACGGAUCGAAUCUAAUUAAAAAUAAAAAAAUAUGCUGUAUUCGCGGGUGUCCGUGGGAAGGUUUGAUCUUGUUCUAAUGUCUGUAUGACAAAAGUACAAAACCACUGCCUGAUGUGUUGUUUAUAAAUUUAAUACAUUGAUAAAUAAAAGACUAUUUUGAUAUGUCA